AUGCUAUUCUGCUUAUCCCGAUCUGCACAUCGUGGUCUCCCGGAACGGGGGUCGAAUCUCCUCGACUUCGCCGCUGCGGGUCAUGCCCGCGCCGAGCUCAUUGACAGCGACGCAGCCAGGUUCCCCGAGUCCCUCAAGUACAAGACGUACUUUGCGUACGACUGGGAGGACAACAAGUUUAUCAUCUAUCUCGCAGACGGGCGAGAUGGCAUGUCCUCCUACCCGCAGGUCCGCAAUUACUAUAUCCUCACCAAGGACAAGGCCAAGGCGGACGCCUUGAUUGUCGCGGCGGGGAAAUGGAGCAGCGAGGUCCAGGAGGAGGUGUGGGUGUUUGACCAGGGCAAUUGGCAAAAGAGCUCUGAGCUAUUCCGGAGCAUCAUGCAGUCUUCGUGGGACAAUGUCAUUUUGGACAAGGAGAUGAAGAAUGCCAUCAUCGGGGACCAUUUGACGUUUUUCACGCCUUUGUACUAUGGUCCUCCGGGCAACGGCAAGACCAUUUCCAUCAAGGCGACGAUGAAGAUGCUCUGGGAGCUCGAGAAGCCUGUCAUCACCCUCUACGUUCGGUCUUUGGCAUCCUAUGGAGGUCCUGAGUACAGUAUCCAAUCCAUCUUCCAAAAGGCUAGGCAGCUCGCGCCCUGCUACCUCGUUUUUGAGGACUUGGACACACUCAUAAGCCCGAGUGUGCGAAGCUAUUUCCUCAACGAGGUGGACGGCCUUCGAAGCAACGACGGCAUCUUCAUGAUUGGCAGUACCAACCAUAUCGACCAACUAGAUCCAGGCAUCUCCAAACGACCUUCGCGGUUCGACCGCAAGUAUCUCUUCCCCGAUCCUGAUUUCAAGCAGCGGGUGGCCUACUGCCAAUUUUGGCAGCACAAACUUGCGAGCAACAAGGAAAUCGAUUUCCCAGACUCGCUGUGCGCUGCCAUCGCCAAUAUCACGGAGGAUUUUAGUUUCGCCUAUAUGCAGGAAGCCUUCGCCAAGGAUGAGGAUGCCCGGAGCACUGCGAGCAUGGGCGGUUUAACUAUAACAGAGGAUGUAGGCGACGGCUGGGUCGAGAUUGUGGUGGGCGAUGGGGAGUUGGACGGGCUGGUUCUCUGGGUGGAAAUCAAGAGGCAGAUCGAGAUCUUGAGGGAUGGUAUGAACGAGGAGGGUGCAUGA